AUGUCGAAGAGGAGGUAUGCUGUUAUCACGAUCUCCUCUGUUCUUCUGAUCUCGAUGGUUGUCGCCGUUACCGUUGGCGUCACCCUCAACAAGAACGAAGCUAACGGUGACUCUGAAGGUGACGGACAGAUCACGGCUUCCGUCAAGGCCGUCAAGGACGUUUGUGCCCCGACGGAUUACAAGAAGACAUGUGAAGACAGUCUGAUUAAGAACGGGAAGAACACGACCGACCCGAUUGAGUUGGUUAAGACGGCGUUUAGUGUCACGAUGAAGCAGAUCACGGACGCGGCUAAGAAGUCGCAGACGAUGAUGGAGCUUCAGAAGGAUCCAAGGACGAGGAUGGCGCUUGAUCAGUGCAAGGAGCUGAUGGAUUACGCGUUGGGGGAGCUUAGUAACUCUUUCGAGGAGCUUGGCAAGUUCGAGUUCCACAAGCUCGACGAGGCCUUGAUCAAUCUGAGGAUUUGGCUCAGCGCCGCGAUUAGCCACGAGGAGACUUGCCUUGAAGGGUUCCAAGGGACGAAAGGGAAUGCGGGAGAGACGAUGAAGAAAGCGUUGAAGACCGCUAUCGAGUUGACCCACAAUGGGCUAGCCAUCAUAAGCGAAAUGUCGAAUUUCGUGGGCCAGAUGGAUAUUCCUGGGCUUAAUAGCCGCAGGCUUCUGGCCCAAGAUAUCCCCUCGUGGGUAGACCAGAGGGGCCGUAGGCUCUUGCAGGCCGCUGCCGCGUAUUCCGACGUGAAGCCUGAUAUUGUGGUGGCCCAGGAUGGGAGCGGUCAGUACGCUACGAUCAACGACGCGUUGAAGUUCGUCCCCAAGAAGAAGAACACGACUUUCGUGGUUCACAUCAAGGCUGGAAUCUACAACGAGUACGUUCAGGUGAACAAGAGCAUGAGUCAUCUCGUGUUCAUCGGUGAUGGUCCCGACAAAACCAUCAUUUCCGGCAACAAGAAUUACAAGGACGGUAUCACUACCUACCGUACCGCCACUGUUGCGAUCGUUGGAGACUACUUCAUCGCCAAGAACAUCGGGUUCGUUAACACCGCUGGGCCAAUCAAACAUCAAGCCGUCGCGGUUAGGGUUCAAUCAGACGAGUCGAUAUUUUUCAACUGUAGAUUCGAUGGUUACCAAGACACGCUCUACACUCACUCCCACCGUCAGUUCUUCCGUGAUUGUACCAUCUCAGGCACCAUUGAUUUCAUCUUUGGGGACGCGGCUGCUGUAUUCCAGAACUGCACUUUGCUGGUGAGGAAGCCACUACCGAACCAGGCAUGCCCGAUCACAGCCCACGGUCGUAAAGACCCGAGGGAAUCAACCGGAUUCGUGUUCCAAGGCUGCACAAUUGCCGGCGAACCGGAUUACUUGGCAGUCAAGGCAACUAGCAAAGCCUAUCUCGGAAGGCCAUGGAAGGAGUUCUCAAGGACUAUCAUCAUGAACACUUUCAUCCCGGAUUUCGUCCAGCCACAAGGAUGGCAACCGUGGCUCGGAGACUUCGGCCUCGACACAUUGUUCUACUCGGAAGUCCAGAACACAGGACCAGGAGCACCCCUUGCAAGCCGGGUUACUUGGCCAGGAAUCAAGACACUGAGCAACGAAGAGAUCCUCAAGUUCAUGCCGGAUCAGUACAUUCAAGGUGACGCUUGGGUUCCCGGCAAAGGUGUUCCGUACACUCCUGGCCUUUUGGGUGCUAACCCGACCGCCGCAGCAACCACCCCAGCUGCUCCAGGUUUCUCCUCCUUCACGGACACAAGUGGCGCUGGCUCGAUUUCUCCAGCAGCUUCCCCUGCAGCUUCCCCUGCAGCUUCCCCUGAAGUUUCUGUUCAGAUGGCGAUGGCUUCAACGGAGAGCUCCGGUACGAUGGCUUCACAGUCUUCCUAA